AUGACUAAGGAUAUGUUGGCUAAGAAGCGCUCUCGAAUAAUUGAAUUGCUUUCAACGGAAGAGUUGCAGGAGAAGAUAUCAGAGCCCAGAAACACAGGAGUUGCUGUGAGCUUCCCAAUCACCCGUCUGCUCAAGAAUAAGAGACCUGAACCCCUGAACGGCAACCAGCAGAGUCAGUUGCAUGUAUAUUGUAUAAGGGAUGCUGGCUAUCACGAGUGGUGCGCGGACAUCGAUCGCAUACCGUUGGAUAAGGGGGAGGAUGAAACUGAGGUUUACUGGGACGUAAUAUUACUCACCGAGUCACAGCUGCUACUCCCUGCAGUGGGUGGAGGAGAACUAGGAUCUAAACAGGUAUACAAAGGUUUCCAAAAGCAUAUUGUCAAAAGGAUCGGUGAAUCUUUGAGCAGAAUCGUGCGACAAAAAAAGAGCACACAAGACAAUCCAAGCACUUGGAGAAGCCUGGGCGCUACUUAUUACAUGGUCUACUUGCCUCUGUAUUUUUCUGAUAUAAUCUGGUGCAAGUCGGGCUCUAUUUAUUUCCAUGUUUUCUUACCAGGUUCAAGCCAAAGCGUCGGCGACAAGAAACAAUCAAACGAAAAGGAGUGGUUGUUGGCUCUUUUGGAGCUUGCAAGCUCCUUUGACUGCCAGUUUUUGAGACUAUACCUCAGGAGAGAUGAUAAAAACGGUGUUUUGACAUUUCUAAGAAAUUUGAACUGGAUUGGUGGCAGAUUGGUACCCAACGAGGACAGAAACCAAUAUAUAAUAAAUUCACCAUCGAACGACUCUUCCGUUCAGGAUAUGCUUCUGGGAGACGAAAGCUUUGUUAUUUUAGAAUUUGAGUGUUGA